AUGCAGCAGCCCGAGCGUUCGCGUGGUUUCGUUCAGUACGUGUUCAUGGAUUUCGCAGAUCUACCCCGCACGUUUGCUGGCUAUGUUUAUUUGUUACUGCUGGUGGACCAGCUGACGGGCAUGUUCUUGGUCCAGCUCUCCAAGUCAACGAGCAGCUGCAAGGUGAAGCGCUUUCUCCAAGGAGAUGGUACACCCCUUGGGGCAGACGAAGGUGCACACAGUAGACCAGGACAAAGUUCUGGACUUUGA